AGCAGACAACGGAAGUUGGACAAAUUUAUUGAAUGUCAAACGGUAGCAUGGUGUGCUGUGUCUUUAGGUAACCCUAAAUAAAAAUGUUUGCUUACAGUUUAUUUCGGGUAGCUCCGUCCUCCCAGUGCAUUACAAGCAGUGCGGGAGCAUUUCUGAGCAGAAUAAGCACGUUGAACAGGACACAGACAUGCGGAUAUGCUAAAAAAGUUGCUGCAAAAGGAAAAGGUAAAGGCAUGAUGAAAGAAGUUUUGAAAGGUCCAGAGGUGUGUAAAGACCCAAUCAGACUUACGUCUUACGCCGUCGGGGUUAACAUCUACAAACAAGGCGAAGACCCAAAACUAAAGCCUCCCGAGGAAUAUCCUGAAUGGUUGUUCCAGUUGAACGUGGGAAAAGCCAAAAAGCUGCACGAGCUGGAAGAAGACACCUGGGAGUACUGGAAACGUCUGAGGAAGGACAACAUCUGGCGCCACAACAGACUGCACAAAGGGAAGAAGCUGUAGAACCUGCAGCGGACGGGCCUGCGGCUUCUCUCUGCUUCAGCGUCAUGCUUCACACUCUGGAGUAAAUUACCAUGAAAGCGAUCUGACUCAUGUACACAGCUCAUGUCCGUGAUGACAACCGCUUGUCACAUCAUGCCUUUUACUCAACAGGUCAGCUGAAAUCACGCAACAUGAUUAUUGAAGUCAAAAUUGAAAGUGUGGAAUUUUUUUUUUUCAAGUUAUUACUUCAAGUUAUUACUUCCGUGUAGGAAAGGCCCAGCCCAAAGUGGCAGUGGAGGACAGUUCAGUUAAAGUAGAUCAGAGCAAAAAAAUAAAAUAAAAGGUUCUGUAGGAUGACAAAACUUCAGAACUACUCCUGUAAUAAAAGGUGGAACCUAAAA